AUGAGGUAUAGCUGCGGGCUGGGCUCGGCUGUGCCGAGGGACCCGGCUGGACGCUGCUGUGGGACCCCCCCGGCCUCCCCGGCACAGCUCCCUCCUCAGGCGCUGCCGAACUCUCCCCAGGCUCCUCCGGGGACCCGACCUCGCCAGCAUUUCAGGGGGACCUCCUGCCCUCAAGGGAGCCCGGUUCCCUCAGCAUUUCGGGAGUCCUUCGCCCCUCAGCUCCCGCUGCCCUCGGCACGUCGGGGGUCCCGGUCCCCCAGGGGUCCCCGCUCCCCUCACAGGGUCUCGCUGCCCUCAGCGCCUCAGGUGACCCCAACGCCCUCAGCACCUGAGGAGGGUCCGGAUCCCCUCAGAGUGUCCCGGUCCCCCCCGGGGCCCCGCUCUCCUCAGCCCUUCAUGGGACCCCUCUCCCCGCAGGAGCCCCCCUCCCCUCAGGGUGUCCCGCUGCCCCGAGGACCCCCGUUCCCCUCAGGACCUCCCCGUUCCCACCCCCCACCCAGCGCUCCCCUCACGGACCCGCCGCCAUCGGCCCCGCACCAACCUGGCCACGGUCUCGCCCAGCCCUCCUCCCAUUGGCUGGCGGCGCCGGCAGGCGGGACCUCAGCGCCGCUCGGCCAAUGGGAGCUCGGCAAGGGCGGUGGGGAGGGAGGAGAUGAGCGGGCGGAGCCGGGACGGGCAGGGGGCGGGGCCUCUCUUAAAGAGCCCGCGCCCCCGUUCCGGCCGGGCCGGGACCGAGCCCUGAGCGCUCGGGGGGACACACACCCGAACAGAGGGACACCUGAACAGAGGGAUAUAUCACACACCUGCAUAGCCCCGGGUGAGAUGCCACUGCCCCAGGACACGUCACACACCGGUACAAUGGGUCAGGCCACACACCUGAAUGAUGGGUGA